AUGAUCAAAGAGUGCGAGUACCACCAAGACGAACACCGCCAACUCAUCCGCCGCGUAUUCGCCGGAAUCCUCACCUUCGUUAUCCUUAUACUCCUCACAAUCUUCCUAAUCUGGAUCAUCCUCCGACCAACCAAACCACGUUUCCUCCUCCAAGAUGUAACCGUCUUCGCCUUCAACCUCACCUCCACCGGAGAAACACCAUCCAUAACCACACCAACACCAAACACCCUAACCCUCACAAUUCAAGUCACACUUACAUCCUUAAACCCAAACUCAAAAAUCGGCAUUUAUUAUAAUAAACUUGACGCUUACGCUUCCUAUAGAGGACAACAAAUCUCUCUUGCAACUGGUGUUCCAGAAACUUAUCAAGGUCACCGAGACAUCUCCGUUUGGUCGCCGAUAUUAUACGGUUCGGCUGUUCCGGUUUCGCCUUUCUUGUCGGAGAUUCUGCGGCAGGAUCUAACUUCAGGUGGAGUUUUACUUAACAUUAAAGUCAACGGGAGGGUUAAGUGGAAGGUUGGAACUUGGGUUUCUGGAAGGUACCAUAUUGAUGUGAACUGUCCGGCGUUUAUACGGGUUGCCGGCGAUAAAGGUAGUGACGGGUUUGGAGUUUCUGGUCCGGCGGUUAAGUUUCAGUUAUCACAAAGUUGUGUUGUUGAUGUUUAA